AUAAACCAUCCUACUUUCACUUUAACGUCAAAAUGGCCGCGUCCACCCGUAAGACAGUUGAGUUGUUUUAUGAUGUUGUAUCACCAUAUUCCUGGAUAGCGUUUGAGGUGAUGUGCCGAUACAGAACAAAGUGGAACAUUGACCUCAAGUUAAAACCAUUCUUUCUGGGAGGAAUCAUGUCAGGAGCAGGAAACAAGCCCCCAGGCUUGGUCCCAGCUAAAGCCAAGUACAUGUUGUCACAUGACCUUCCUAAUCUAGGCAGCUACUACAAUGUUCCAAUAGUUCCUCCAGCGAACCCUGCUGAGGUGAUGUUUAUCAAGGGGACACUUAUGCCACAGCGAUUCCUCACAGCAGUUGACAUGCAGCGACCAGACUUGGUGGAAGAUCUUUCCCGACAAUUCUGGAUGAGAGCAUGGAAUAAGGAUAAAGGAAUUUCCGACGUGGAAGGGAUAAGAGAGACUUGCAAAGACAUCGGUUUCCCUACUGAUGUUAUGGAAGACUGCCUUCAGAAGUCAAAGGACCAGACAGUGAAAGAUAGACUGAAACAGUUUACAACGCAGGCCUUAGAUCUAGGGGCGUUUGGGUCUCCUAUCAUUGUUGCUCAUGUCAAUAACAAACAAGAAAUGAUAUUCGGGUCAGACAGAUUUCCUAUAUUGGCCAAGAUUUUACAGGAGGAAUGGAUGGGACCGCUAACAGAACUAUCAAAAGCAAAGCUAUAGUGUAGAUGUGUUUAGUCUGCAAAUUGAACAUUUUGUUUAACGUUGUGUACGUCAUAUGUUUACAAUCAAGAUCAGGUGGAAUAUUUUGUACCUUGUGAGAAUAAACCAUUUUGUGCUUUUUAAAAGUGAGAUAAAAAAAAUAAUACUGUUUACUUAUGAUAUAUUAACAUAUCAUACUUGUACAUUGUAUAUCCAAGAUAUUUCAGUUUUAAUAAAGAUGUAACGCCGGAGUUAUAACAACAACUUGUGAAAAAAACAAAAAAAUAUCCGUGUAAUUCGAGGGGCUUCGGUCUCUCACGCUUUCUGCAACCCUAGACAAUGUCGUGACGAAAUUGGAGACAAGACGUUAAGAGAUGUGCUUGGUUUCGUCAUUACAUAUUCCAGGGAUGCAGAGAACACACGUGUAACUCCAUGAAGUUUGAGGACGAAGCUUCGGAAGUGAUUGUAAUUUAAAGUAUUAAAUGUAGCCUAGCGAUUAAUUGUGCGCUUCGUUUAUUCUUUUUACUUACAUUGAAAAAGUGCACAGAUUUUCUGACUUUGUGAUUAUACGUAUAGAUAAUCUGUCUGUGUGAAGACAUACAAAAAUAUUAAUCAAAUAGUCUGUAUUUGUGAAGGUUUCCGAGGGUUGUGAGAACAGUUUGUGUUAUGAUUUAAAACAAUUAUUCUUUUUUCGUGAUCAGUAAUUGAUCAACACUUGUUGUAUUAAAGAUAAAUGAAUUAAAAUAUAUUUUGUCAUA